AUGACCCUUCUUCGUUGCACUCCUUCCCGUUCUCACGCAUCGCCGUGCCAGCCCUUCUGUCGAGGGAUUCCCAAGUCGUUUGUCGCGGUGUUUGCUCUCCUGCGCCGUCUUCUCGUGCCCUCGUUCCGUGUCUUCCUCUGGGUCGUGUAUCCGGUGUUUUGCAUUCUCUACUUCUUGCACCAGACGCCGUCGCACCCCCGCGAGCACCUGGCAACUGUAGACGCGUUUCUCGCAUGCGCCCCUGCAGACCUGCUCCAGUCUCUCUUCUCUUCUGUCCUUCUGCUGUCGAACUCUGUAGUGCUGGCGUUCUUCGCACUGUCUCUUGACUGCGGCCGCUUGCUCGUCGCGAGUCUCCGUCUCCUCUUUGUCUGGGCGAACUUUCUCUGGCCCUACUGCCGCCCCGCUUUGCUUCACCUGUGGGCGUGCUACCUCGACCUCUCCCGGGUUCACCAGGCGGCCGUUGCGGGUGUGUCCUUCGCGGCCGUGGUUCUCUCUCUCCUGUACCUAAAUGGCACGCUGUCUCGCGCGGUGGCUGCUGGACGCCGCGCCGCGCGCCGCGUCAGUCGCUGGUACGUCCGCGUGACGGCCGCGGUCGCGGCGUCGGCGCCCUUCGUGCUCGCCUGUCUCUUCUACCUCGGGAUGCUUCUCAUCUUGGGCCCUGCGCGCCGCGAACAGCUCCAGUGUCUCCUGCAGGUCCUGUGGCAUCCCCUCGUGGCCUUCGGCACAGCCGCGUGCCUAUCGAGAUACGUGUACCUGCCGCGCCUCCACCCGAUUCUCCAGUUCUGCAAACCCCAGGGACCGCCGCCAGGCCGCGCCCCUGGAGGCGAGGCGCGGGAUUCGUCCCUCUCGACCGCCGGCGCCUCGGCUGUCUCUCUGGGCGCUUCCAGACAAGGCGACGCGCUGAGACAGCGGAAGCAGGGAGCGUCGGCGCCGAAAUCGCGUUCUAAAGCCGAGACUCAAGGCGGAGACUCCGCCGGCGCAGCUGCCGCCACCGAGGGUGGAUGGGCGUGCUUCAGGCGCUGGGCGCCGUCGACAUGGCGAGCGAGCCCUGGAGCUGCCGCCGGUGGAGAGGAGGCGUGCCGCGCGGCCGUGGGCGGAGGCGGAGACCGGGGAGCUGAAGAAGGCCUUCGCGGCGAUUGGAUGCAAGACGCGAAGGCCGUCUGCGACCCCGAGGUGGCGAAGGCCAUCGCCGGGGAGACGAGAUACGUCUGGAUGCGCCUCACCUUCUGGCUCGAAGUGUGGGUGUUCAUGACUGCGUGCAACCUCGUGGCAGAGUUGCCGCUGCUGAAUCGUUACGUGCCCUUCGUUGAGUCGCUGCCGCACCACGUCCUCUCUCUCUUUUCAGUUCUGACUGUGAUCUCCGGAGGGCCCUCGCAGCCGACCGUCCACCGCGCGGCGUUCCGCUUGAUUCGGGGCUUGGCUGCGCUUCUUUCCUUUUUUUCAACUAAAUUGUUCGGCGUCGCUCUCGUCCUCCCCUCUCACGGAGCGGAUGCUUCGGAAGAAACGGCCACUUCAGGGAUUUUCUACUUCCCAGAGCCUAAUCCGCCGGCGUUUUCGCGGCAAGGCACCGCUUCCCCACCGCGCACCGCUCUCGGCCGCGGCCUCCGCCAGGCUUUUUCUUUCUUCUUGCCUUUUGUCUCGUCCUCCAAUUUCUCCCUGAAUGAACAGGGAACGUCUUCGCCCUCGUCGCGCGGCAGUCUGCCAGGCUCUCGCACCCCUGCGUCGGCUUCGCCCCUGGUUUCCUACGCAGCCGACGCGCUGUGCCAUGCCCUCGGUUUCAGUUCUCAGUCCUGGUUGUCCGGUUUGUUCGCAGUGCUGCUCUACCUUCCCCAAGUCCUUCUGAUUUUCCUUCCGCAGUUUGUGUUGACGCCUGUGCUCGUGUAUCUCCGCGCAGGCCGCCCGCUCUUUGGCGCCAUUGUGUCACUGAGUUCUACGCGCCCCUCGGCGCUGUCUGAGAGGCUCUACUGGGUGCUUUACUUCUUAGCGUCUUCAGGCGUCUCACUCGUGGACGUCCUGCUCAAGGAGCACAACCUGCUCCGCUACCUGCCCUUCCAGUCGUCCUUCCUCGUGCUCGUUGUGGUGACCAUGCAAACUGCCGUCACAUUUCUCGCCAAAGGCGCAGAGGUGCGAGUGCGGCUGCCUCAGCGAGACCCGUGGGAGCCCACGCAGUCCUUCUCGCGCGCCGGCUCCGCCGCGUCGCGCGCGAGUUCAGUUCCGCAGGCAGCGGCGGCAGAGCAGAGUGGGCGGGAAGGCGCUGCGCCUCCCGACAGAUCGGAGGCGCGACAGAGCGACGCCCGUAAGCAGAGAGGCUCGUGGUUCUCCGCGCUGUUCGGCCGCGGCAGCUCAGUCCCUGCCGCAGAGACCAACUGGGGUGCUCCAGGGGGACACGACGCGGCCGCGGGGGUCAAGGCGGGGUCCGCGACUGAGGAGGGGUCGCAUGCGCGACCGAAAGAGGGCACUAGGCACAUACUCCCCGCCGCGAUGAUUGCGUCUGCGGCCGCGGCGUGUGAGAAGGAGAGCUCAGGAAGACCUCGCGCGCCGCCGCCGGCUCCCUCCCCGCAGACGUCCUCUGCUCCUUCGUCGUCGGACAUUGACGACGAGCGUGCGCGCGCGGAGGGCGGCAUCCCCACAGAGAACCCCGAAGAGGACGAGGAUGGGAACGCCAGAGAGGCUAUCAGGAGCCCAGAAGGGUCUCCGGAGCGCGCGGGCGCCGACGCGGCGUGCCAGGAGCCCAGAAGGCGCUGGGCGGACGAGGCGAUCACCAGCAGCGACGAGGAGAUGGAGCAGGACGGCUUUGCCAGCCAGGCCGCGCGCGCCGUCGCCGACGGCCCAGAGGCAGGCAGCAGAAGCGCCAGCCGAGUGGCCAGCCCUCGGAGCCACGAGGGGCGAAUGGUUGACCGCGGCGCUCCGCGGAUGGUGUGGCGCGCUCGCGCAGGGGACGGGGGAUGGAGGAACUUUCGCGACGACGGCAGAGGUCGACGGCGCCCGCAGCAGAAGUCUGAGUCCUCGCCGGCACGAGAGGGGGGGUCGCCGUAUUUCGGUCCUGGCCACGAAGACAGGCGCAGCCAGCAGCUUUUCAGUCGAAGGGGGGCGAGGGGGGGCCGGAGCCGCAGAGAGUUUCCAGGGGGCGGGAGCGCCGGCAACGCCCAGGCGCUGUCGAAAGACCUGAGCGAAGAGCAGCGGAGAUCCCCCCCAGACCAUCGACGGAGGGGCAGGCCGGUAACGCCUCCCGCGGGUGCUGGGCAGGGCGGCGACAGAGAGCGCCUCCGGCUGCGACCUGUAGAUCGUAGAGCUGAUGCAGAGCCCAGAGGCGGCGCCGCGCCCCAGAGAGGGCGACUGGCAGCCGAGACGGACUGGCAGGGCGCGCGCGAAGAGGCGCUGCAAGAGUGGAACUUAGUUGAUGACGAUCUCAGCGAGGGAUGA